GUGGGGAUGCCGGGCUCUGUCCCACAGGAUGUGCCGGGAUCUCCUCCAGAGCCCCUGAGACAGAGGCAGCCCGGGAGCAGCACGCACCCGCCGCAGUGAUGUUCGCGGUCCUGAGCCGAGCUACGCACACUGGGCCGCUGGUCCGGGCCAGGACGGUCCUGCUGGAGCAGAGGCCGCGCAUCUACAGCAAGCCGCCCAAGCACAAGAUCGGACCUGGGCAAAGCUUCUUCAUAAUGUCAGUGUUUGCUGCCGCUCUGCUGGUCCCAGCCGGAUGGAUCAUGCACCACCUCCCAGAAUACCGCCAGAGGCCACGCCCACCAUCUAAAUAAAGACCCUGUGACAUCAUGUGGCCCCACCCACCACCGCUAAAUGACUGCACCUGAAGCAUUAGCCACCAUGCCAUAAUAUUCUUCUAAUCACGAAAAUGAGAAGGUGAAUACCCAGAGGAGCUCUUAAAAGAUCAGGCAAUGGAGUGACAGAAACAGGAGAUGGCGAUGGAGAUUGAUGUUCGUGUGAGAUGUAGUUUGGAAACAAAAAAGGAACAAGGAUGUUGUUAUAGCUUGGUGUGUAAUGUACCAUAUAAUUAAAUUCUUACUGUUCUUAGAGCUGAUUGCAGUGGUAUCUCUUUUGGCCACCCCACCACCUCAAUCAAUAAAUAUAUAUA